UCGUGAGCGUCUAUAAUCGGGUAUGGGGCUAUCAGGUAGGCGAAGCCGCUAGGGUAGAGUCUCUUUUACCGGCCAUGAGUCGGUCGUACUAUGUGCUAGCAUUUGUGAGCGUGCCUGUAAAUCAAGUAGUUAUUUAAAACGCGUUUAUUUAGUAAUGUUUUAAGACUUUAUUUAAUCGUAAAAUGAAGUGCAGUGUUAGUUUUAUUGGAACAAAGUAAUGAAGCAGGUGACAAUGCGCGCGUUACGGCUGCUGCGGUGCCGGCCGUACUCCGCGCGGCUCCUGGCGCUGCUGCUCAUCCUGCUAGCCUUCCUCGUGUACUGCUUCUACUACAACGUGUCGCCGGCCGCCUACCCCAAGCCGGGUAAUAUAAUGAGAGAAGUUGAUGAGGUCAAGACCCAAUACUACCGCAUGUCUCCACGGCAAGAGAAAAAUAAAAUAUUUCGCCCACAGGAUCACGUCGAGCAAUGUCCAGUGAUUCGAGAGAACGGUGCGGACAUCGACACCAAGACCAUAUACCCCUCCUUUGACUUUCAGCCGAGCUGGUUGCGGACAAAAGAGUUUUGGGACAAAUCAUUCGAGGAUCGCUACGAGAAGCUCAAGAACGACUCCAGACGACCGAGGCUCAAGGUAAUCGUGGUCCCGCACUCACACAAUGAUCCCGGCUGGCUUAAGACGUUCGAACAGUACUUCGAGCUGAAAACCAAGAACAUUAUCAACAACAUCGUGCAAAAGCUAAACCAGCAUCCCAACAUGACCUUCAUCUGGACGGAGAUAUCUUUCCUCAAUGCCUGGUGGGAGCGUACGCAUCCCGUCAAACAAAAGGCUCUUAAAAAGUUGAUCAAAGAAGGAAGGCUUGAGAUAACGGCCGGUGGGUGGGUCAUGCCGGAUGAAGCCUGCACACACAUCUAUGCUCUCGUCGAUCAGUUUAUUGAAGGCCACAACUGGGUGAAAACGAAUCUAGGCAUAGCUCCUAAGACUGGGUGGUCUAUCGACCCCUUCGGGCACGGUCCUACGGUACCGUAUCUGCUAGAGCAGAGCGGUCUCGAAGGCACCAUCAUCCAAAGGAUCCAUUACGCGUGGAAGCAGUGGCUAGCUCAGCGACAAAUGGAAGAGUUCUACUGGAUCACCGGCUGGGCCAAACACAAGCCGUCCAUGGUCGUCCACAACAUGCCCUUCGACAUCUACUCCAUCAAAUCCACCUGCGGGCCGCACCCUUCCGUCUGCACGGGGUUCGAUUUCAGGAAAAUCCCUGGCGAGUACUCCGAGUACACGGCUAAAUACGAGGAGAUCACCGACCAGAAUCUUCCGAGCAAGUCGAAGACUUUGCUCGAGCAAUACGACCGCAUCGGUUCCCUCACUCCCCACAACGUCAUCCUCGUACCGCUCGGAGACGACUUCCGCUACGAAUACGGCAUCGAGUUCGACGCGCAGUACACCAACUACAUGAAAAUGUUCACCUAUAUCAACAAGCACAGAGAACUGUUCAACGCGGACGUUUCAUUCGGCACUCCCCUCGACUACUUCAAUGCGAUGAAACAAAGGCAUACCAACAUACCGACGCUGAAGGGAGAUUUCUUUGUGUACUCCGACAUUUUCAGUGAAGGCAAACCGGCAUACUGGUCCGGGUACUACACCACCCGUCCCUACCUCAAAAUUCUGGCGCGACAAUUCGAGCACCAACUCAGAACAGCCGAGAUUAUUUUUACACUAGUCUCGAAUAACAUCAAGCAAUCUAAUAACCGGCAGUUGAUUCCCUCCGAUAAAAGGCUAGAAAAGUUCUACGAGCAACUAAUAAAUGCUCGCAGAAAUUUAGGUCUCUUCCAACACCACGACGCCAUAACCGGCACGUCUAAAGCGAGCGUGAUGAACGACUACGGGACUAAGCUCAUCACGAGCAUCUACCACUGCAUUCGUCUCCAGGAAACUGCACUCGCCACUCUCAUGCUACCGGACCAAGCGCACGCUUCACAGAACAUUUUGCAAAGUCAAAUGGAGUGGGAGACCUACGGGAAACAACCGCGGCAACUCCAAGUAUCACUCGUCGACAAAAAGAAAGUGAUCUUGUUCAACUCUCUCGCCGAAGAACGAACGGACGUCGUGACCCUGAGGUCGAACGCGACCAACAUCAGAAUAUACGACACGCGCAAGCGAGAGUACGUGCCCUACCAGAUCACGCCGAAUAUUGACAUCCGCGACAACGGAAAAUACGUUUUGAGCGAUGUCAAUUUCGACAUCUCGUUCGUUGCUACCCUCCCCGCCUUAAGCACAGUGACGUUCAAUCUGGAAGAGCACACGAAUACCUCGCACCAUUGCACGGUCUACUGCAACAAUUGCGGCGGAAAACAAACAGAUUCAGACAAAACAGAACACUUUCCUAUCAAGAAAAUGAAGCCCGGCGACAUCCAGCUGGAGAACUCAGUACUGAAACUCCUGAUCGACAGGAAUACUGGACUUUUGAGACAGGUGAAAAGAAAAAAUACGCGGCGUAGAAGCGUAGUCGAAGUACAGUUCGGAGCGUACCGGAGCGCGCAACGCCACUCGGGGGCCUACUUGUUCAUGCCGGACUACGACGAUCCCGAACGAAAAGACAUUCUCAAUAACUACAUGAAUGGAAACGGGCAGGAUUCCAUGCAGCAUAUGGACGACAACAUCGUCAUCGUUGCGGGGCCCGUCUCCACCGAGAUCACCACUAUGUACCUGCCGUUUCUGGUCCACACGGUCAGGAUCUACACUGUCAAAAAUUCUCUGCUCGAACACGGAGUGCAGAUCGAUAAUAUAGUCGACUUCGAGGAUCCGCCCAAGAACAGAGAGACCGAAUUGUUCAUGCGAAUCCAGACGAAUAUACAAAACGGGGAAGUCCCAGAAUUUUACACCGACCAAAACGGUUUUCAGUAUCAGAAGAGAAUUAAAGUGAAUAAACUGGGAAUAGAGGGGAACUACUACCCUAUCACGACGAUGGCUUGGCUCCAGGACGAGGAGACGCGACUGACGUUUAUAACGAACCACGCGCAAGGCGCAUCGGCGUUCGAGCCUGGCCGUUUGGAGGUGAUGUUGGACCGACGAACGUUGUACGACGACCACCGCGGCGUAGGGGAAGGGGUGGUCGACAAUAAGCCUACUAUAUUCCAAAACUGGUUGCUGAUCGAACCCGUAGCGCCCGAGCCCGGCGCGAGAGACAAGAGAGACACGAGCGAACACAGCUCCAGUUUCAACGAGCGGCACUUCAUCCCGGAUCAAGUCUCCACCAACUACGAGCUGCCAUCGCGAACCGCCGACUACCUCAGCCGAUCCCUCAACUACCCUAUAAACGUUUACUUGGUAGACACGAGUGAGGUCGGGGAGAUAGCGGUCAAGUCGCAGCAGACCUUCCUCCACAAUUUCCCACCGGACAUCCACUUGCUCAAUUUGCGUACUAUAACUGACGAAGCUCUCGAACAGUUCCCGAGUCGCGAAGCUUUCUUAGUGCUGCAUCGGCCCGGCACGAGCUGCUUCGUGGGUGAAUCCUCGCAGCAUUCCUACACUCGCUUCUCGCCAAAGACCGCGUUCAACGGCCUACGCGUCACCAACAUUACGGCCGUAAGCUUGACGGGCCUCAAGCACUACAAAACGCUCACCAGUUUGGAAGACAUCGAACUGGCUCCCCUCGAGGUGAAGACCUAUAGGAUUCGGUUUUGAAGACUGUUAGGAUAAAUGUAGACAAUUUGUAUGUUACAUAUGGUUGUAUGCUCGAUGGUUUACCAUCUUAGUGAAGGCGUCAUCGCGCCCGCUCUGCCGUCCGUUAAUUAAGAGGCCGUUGAAUGCAAAAAAUAGUCUUUAAAUUAUCGCCAAAAAGUAAGAAUUUUUUUAAACUUACAUUUUUUAAAAGUAAUGCUACGUAAAAGUAUGGUUUUAAGUUCGUUUUUGUUUGAUCGUAUGUGCAAUUAUACAAUGUACCUGCGCAGAAAUCUUAUUUUUGGCGCAAAAAUAUCUCGGCCAAUCAUAGCGCGCGUCCGUCCGCUAUUGGUUGUUGCCUACGCGCGAAUCGUGAGGGAUAUACCAUGAGUCUUUGUUGUUUUUGUGUUUAAAAUCUUAACCUCAAGCAAUAAGAUGUGUAUUACAUUGAUGUACCUACAUUAGGUUUUAGUCAGCAGUAGGUUUCGCUUUUCUGCGCAAGCGAAUUUUUAAAAAUGGUACUUAGUACUUGUAGCUAAUUUUUAAAAAAAUCAGUUGUUCUAAAAUCCCAUAUUUUUGGCGAUAAGUAUUUUUUGCAGUUAACAGUUUUUUAGUUAAAGGACGUUCGCAUUGUGUGAUACUCUAGGACGCCACUAGUACCUAAGGGCUACAUGCCCUAACCGCUUGCCAGUAACUGGGUUUACUGGUGCCCCAUAAAACAUUUUAUAUGUGCGAUUUGAUCGCGUUAAGGCUCAUGAAGUUUUAAAAUUAGCGCGCGCUUAGACCUGACUUUAUUUGCUACCCUUUUAUAUUUAAAUAGGAACCAUACUUCAGCUUUAAACCUCGCCAAAAGAGCUAUAUAACAAUGCUAUGUAACAAUUUACACGAGCUAUAAUGAUAUGGCUAGAUGCAGGAAAGCUUGCACCGUUUAUUAGUUUUGCAUCAAAGGCACAUUAAAACGUUAAGAGGAGUUUAUUCGUAGCGAGCUCCAUACAAACAUAGUUUGCUUCUCAUUUGAAUACUAAUUAAUCAAACUCAGUGAAUUUUUGUAGACAAUUUCAAAUGAGAACCUAACUAGGUAUGGAAUGUUUUAAACGGGCGUGCUAGGGACAUUUCUCUUAAUCGUGUCGCUACGCCGCGCCACGUGCGUUGAACUGCUAAGCGUUAUAAAUUAUAACUUUAACGUUAAGGUUGACAUUAACCCGCAUGCAAAAUGAGUAUGAGCGGUAAAGGCGUUAAGGCGGAAACAAAUUAUUAUUGGAUGCGGCCGUCAUCCGCGACUGAGGUAUAGGUAUCAGGAUAAUACAUGAACUGUGCACACUACCAGACGGAAGUCGCGGACGUAACCUUCGACGUCCGAGAGAUAUCUCGCAAGCCGCGUUUCAUUCGACUGUACAGACCUAUCAGUCGCGGCUAACGGACGCGUCCCAUAGUUUGUUUUAUGCUUUAUAGUGCGAUAGCGAAGCCGAUUCUGUUGUCUUUCUCGAACUAUGUUAAUAGUUUAACUAUGUUAAUAAUUAACUAUUAAAACUGUCGAACUACGUCUAAAGGUCUGUCCUUUUCAUAUUACAUCAGUAAGAAGAGGAUACAAAUACUCUAAAAUUUAGUCGCCAACAGAAUCAGUACCACUGUAACAUUAAUCAUUUGCUCUAACAUAAAACUCCAAAAGAAUUACUAAGUUUAACAUUUUAUAUGCGAUUUACAAUUUUUUAAUAUAAUAUUAAUAAUAAUAUGAGUACAAUACUUCAAUAAGCCUGCGAAGGUGAGACGUUUUAAUUAUAUGAAAAAGCAUAAUUAUUUAGUUGAAUCUACCUCAGGACCAAAUUUUGAUAUUAAUGAAUAAACAAUUCUUCAAUACCGGUAAUCUAUUUGAAUCUCAGAAAAGAAAGAAAAGAAUCUCUCGUAGAAAAUUAAUUGGUAAUAAGACAGACAUACAAACUCUACACUAGUGAUGGACGAUCGUUGCAAAAAAAAAAAAAAAAAACAAUCGACUGAAUCGAAUAAUCAAUAAAUUAGAAUAAUUCAAUUGUUCAAUUCAUUCAUUGUUAAGUGUACGAAUGCAGAGUUUGGUUGGAUUUGUGUACCUUUUAAGCAAACUAAGGAAAACUGAAGUAUACUCUAUACUAUAUGUGAUUAAAAUAUUUAGUAGAUGCCUUUACACACAGGAAUAGAACACCUUAACAAACAUCCUCUAAGGAGCUUUAAGAAGAAUUUUAAGACAUAGCAUAUUGACAAUUUACUACAGAGAAAAAAUCACGCCCCCUUUUCUCGACUAGAUUUGUCCCUUAGCCUUAUUAUGAGGGGGUUGGAAAUGUGACAUUCUAGAACCUUUUUGGUUUAAGUAAUUCAUCCUACUAAAACACGGGCAUUUGUUAGUAUGUAAUAAAAUAUACCUAGUAUUAAGUAUAGAUAACAUCAGACUACACUUUUGACUUUUCUAAAUUUUACUUACCUACCCUAAUAACUGCACCCUCAAUUAUAUUCAGCAUUUGUUUAAAGUUUAUUUCGUAGUUUAUAAGUGGUUAAGUUUCGAACAGUACGCGCCGAACGCAUUUAAACACUUUUAAUUUACAGUAAAAAAAAGUGUAAGGCUGAUCGCACUUUGGGUGCGUCUUCGUAGGAAUUUGACUCGUGCGAACACGCACGAACGAUCCCGAACUUCUAAGUCCAAGACAUAUCAACGGAGUUCAGCAAUGUGAGAUUAUAGUAUACGCUUAUACAAUACAUAUAUGUACUUCCAUUGCCAAAAGAUAAGAAAUGCCGCCUGGGUGAAGCCGGGGCGCGUCAACUAGUAAUUUAAACAACAGCGUAAGGCGCGUACAGCCCUUGUUUACCUUUAGACUCUGCGCAAACGAACCACAGUCACCGGUGGCCUGCGACAAACUGUUCACACCCUUUUUAGGGUUCCAUACCUCAAAAGGAAAAACGGAACCCUUAUAGGAUCACUUUGUUGUCUGUCUGUCUGUCAAGAAACCUAUAGGGUACUUCCCGUUGAUCUUGAAUCAUAAAAUUUGGCA